UGAUAUCCCACAUAGACUGCCUCCGCAGAAUAAAUGCAAGCGGAGAAACCCGAAUGCCUCCCUUUGGGAGCAACCAUAAGAGACGAAUGUUUAUGAUAUUCUUAGUUGCGAUAUUCCUAAAUUUCCAAGGUUCUGCUUGAAUUACCAAUGAUUGAUGGGUAUUGCUACCUACCGAACAAAGGUUUUCAAUCUCGGGGCAAUCUCUUUACCCAAGUAGAGCUACUACUUUUGGGCUGCAACCUAAUUCUACAGAUUCUUUUCUCUAUUUCUUAUAUCUUAUUAACAGUUUAUUCAUGUCCCAAUCAAUUCCUCUUUUAAUUCAUUUCGUGGCAGCCUAUAUUUAGCUCUGGUGACAAUACUCUGUUUUUUACAAUGUACUAUAUAGAGGUUUCCAUGUCGUUGCUAUGGGUAAUAUCCCACAAAGAUUUUAUCAUCAUCUGUCUCGUGAUAUUUCUUACAGGUACCUAGCGAAUAACAAAGCCCAGUUCAGUCCUUCAAACUAGACAUGGCCGCAAAAGAAUUCAAGAUGCUCGGUUGUCUCCGGGUCAGGCGUGUCGAAAAUAAAGGGCUUGGUCUCUUUGUUACGCAAGACAUUCCCGCCAAUACCAUUAUAAGCUGCGAAGAGCCGUCAAUGUAUGCGCCGCUAGAAAAGAAAUCUCCGUAUGACGAAGUAAAAAUUGAAUCAUUCUGUAACCUAUACAGGGAGUCAAGCCAGGCACAACGUACCCGACUGGAUGACCACGCCUGCAAUAUGGAGCUUUACGAGGCGAACAAGAAUUUCUACAGUAUCUUCGAUAAGUGGUAUGUGAACCACUUAAAAGCUCAAGGCACUUUUGAUUCCUCCGUAUCUCGAACCGACAAGGUACUCAAACUUAUUAGGUCCUACUCGACAUUUUGGACUAAUUGCGCCUCGGUUUAUGACAAGGAAGUGGGUUUCUGGAGCACAUUUGCCCGUGCCAAUCACUCUUGCAUACCAAAUUCUAAUUGGAAAUACGUAGGCAGAUCUCCCUUCUUGCUCCAGCUCGUAACGAUUAAAGAUAUUCCAGCGGGCUCCGAGGUAACAGUCACAUACCUUGGUUUGGAAAAGGACAAUUUACAGAGAAGGCGGGAGGUGUUGCGAGGCUGGGGAUUCACAUGUACAUGCGAAAGAUGUACCGAGGAAGAGUUGGGAGACCAAAAUACACGAAAACCUAGAUCUAAAUUAUUUUAAAUGUCGACUUGCGUCGCUGUAUUCGCUUAGUCGCUCCUUAGAAUAGCGAGUUGAUCUUCCUUUUUUUCCCCGCAAUCUCGAACUCAAGAGAAUUAGGUCACCUCCCAUAGGUGCCUGUCCGGCUACAGUAUGUAGGUGGGUAGAUAUCGUCAACUUCUUUUGCGCUGUAUCCUUGCAUCUAGCAAGGGUUCUAGCGAAAAGAAUAUCUCGACGAUAUACGUCACGCUGUUUACCUCCUUUUAUAUCUAAUCUCAUUGGCAAGCACCUAUUCCCUACACCAUCAGCUAAUAAUGCAAUCAAGUUAAAUAAGGAAAUAUAAGGAAUG